UGUUAUUCUGAGAUAUACUUGGUCUAGUGAACGAAUCGGCAUAUCUAAGCACUAAGUAGAAGUAGAAGCCCGAUCAGGAUGAACUUAUGAUCCGAGACCACCUCCUCCCGGUAUCGGAAGUGCGGGGCAAAAACAAAAACAGCUUCAAGUGAAAGCUCGCGUGCAUUUCCACACACAACCUCAUUGCAAUCUUGACAUACGACUCUUUCAAGAUGACAACUCACAAUAUCGUCGUCUUUGGAGGAGACCACUGCGGUCCAGAAGUUGUAGCAGAGGCUGUUAAGAUCCUGAAAGUCAUCGAGGCAGAGCGACCGAGUACUGGGAAGUUCAACUUCCAAGAACAUCUCCUUGGCGGGUGCUCGAUCGACGCAACCGGCGAACCUCUCACAACCAAGGCCCUCGAAGCCGCAAAAGCAGCAGAUGCCGUCCUCCUAGGUGCAAUCGGUGGUCCAAAAUGGGGAACAGGCAAAGUGCGGCCCGAGCAAGGCAUCCUCGCUCUCCGCAAACAGAUGGGCACAUAUGGCAACCUGCGACCGUGCAACUUUGCCUCCGAAUCCCUGGUCGAGAUCUCGCCUCUCAAAGCUGAGGUUUGUCGGGGCACGAAUUUCAACAUCAUCCGUGAGCUGACGGGGGGUAUUUAUUUUGGGGACCGGAAGGAGGAUGAUGGGGAUGGGAUUGCGUGGGAUAUGGAGCCGUAUUCUAGAGCGGAAAUUGAGCGGAUUACGCGGUUAGCUGCUCAUCUUGCGCUGCAAGAGGAUCCUCCGGCUCCGGUCUGGAGUUUGGAUAAGGCGAACGUGCUGGCUACCAGUAGGUUGUGGAGGAAGACGGUUACGGAGGUCAUGGCGAAGGAGUUCCCGCAGUUGAAGAUCGGUCAUCAUUUGAUUGACUCGGCGGCUAUGCUCAUGGUUAAGAACCCGAGGGCGUUGAACGGGAUCGUUGUUACGAGUAAUCUGUUUGGGGACAUUAUUAGUGACGAGGCGAGCGUUAUUCCUGGUAGUAUUGGUUUGCUGCCUUCUGCUAGCUUGAGUGGUGUUCCAGAUGGGAAGAGUAGGUGCAAUGGUAUCUACGAGCCUAUUCACGGUUCUGCACCAGAUAUCUCAGGUCAAGGCAUCGUCAAUCCAGUUGGCACGAUCCUCUCAGUCGCUAUGAUGCUCCAGUACUCACUUCGUCUCCCUGCCGAAUCAAAAGCCGUCGAGGAAGCAGUCCGAAGAGUUAUUGAAGCAGGCAUCCGAACGAAGGAUAUCGGAGGAACAUCAAGCACCGUCGAAGUCGGAAACGCCGUUGCUGCAGAACUUAAGAAGGUCCUUGCGGAGCUUAAGUAGAUAUUCUGUUACAGCAGGAAAAGUUAGGAGCGUGGAGUUACAUAUCCGUGCUAAUUACCAGAAAUUCUACGGCUCUGGCUGAUCACGAUGAAUAUUACGUUUUUUACAAGCUCAG